GGAGUGGUUCGGGGCAGUUGGGUUGUGUGUUGGAACGGUUGGCCCUCGCCUUUCCCUUUUUCGCGCGCGCGCGCGCCAUCUCAGAGCUUCCCCCCUCCCUUCUUCGACGAUUGCUAUAUCAUCCCUGCCACGCCGUUCCUUCCCCACCACACUCACAAGCCACAACCACUACCACCACGCCCUGCUCUCCAUCUUACUAUUCCUCCUCUUCUUUCGCCCUCGCGCUCGCAAAGCCUAGCAAUUAGCUGAGAGGUCGAGGAUGCCGAGGCCGUGGAGACCGGUGCUUGCUUCGGCGACCAAGUGCUGCGCGGCCGAGGACGCCGUGGUGACGGCUGGCGCGGGGCAGGGGCUCGCGCGGUGCCGCCCGGCGCGCUCCGAGUUCUCGCGCCGGCUCGCGUCGUUCCGGCGCCUGUCUUCCAUGGCCAACAGCCCCGCCACGCCCAUGGAUGGCAAGGAUGUCGACGACGACGACGACGCCGACGGGGAGGCGGGGCAGAUGGGCGUGGGCGCGCUGCAGCUGCACUCGUUUAGCCUCAGCGAGCUCCGCGGCGUCACGCACGACUUCUCCAGCGGCUACCUCCUCGGCGAGGGCGGGUUCGGCACCGUCCACAAGGGCUUCGUCGACGCCGGCAUGAGGCCCGGGCUCGAACCCCAGCCCGUCGCCGUCAAGCAGCUCGACAUCGCAGGACACCAGGGACACAGGGAGUGGAUGGCGGAGGUGAUCUUCCUUGGGCAGUUCCGGCACCAGCACCUGGUGAAGCUCCUGGGCUACUGCUGCGAGGACGAGGAGCGCCUCUUGGUCUACGAGUUCAUGCCGCGCGGCAGCCUCGAGAACCAUCUCUUCAAGAGGAUAUCUGCGACGCUGCCGUGGGGCACGAGGCUGAAGGUGGCUAUCGGCGCCGCCAAGGGGCUCGCCUUCCUCCACGGCGCCCACAAGCCCGUCAUCUACCGCGACUUCAAGGCCUCCAACAUCCUCCUCGACUCGGAAUUCACGGCGAAGCUGUCGGACUUCGGGCUUGCCAAGAUGGGCCCCGAGGGCGAGGACACGCACGUGACGACCCGCGUGAUGGGCACCCACGGGUACGCGGCGCCGGAGUACGUCCAGACGGGCCACCUGACGAUGAAGAGCGACGUGUACAGCUUCGGCGUGGUGCUUCUGGAGCUCCUCACGGGCCGCCGCGCCAUGGAGAACGUCCGGGGCCGGACGGCGCACGCGGAGCAGACCAUCAAGCUCGUGGAGUGGACCCGGCCUUACCUGGCCAGCAGCCGCCGCCUCCGGUGCAUCAUGGACCCCAGGCUCGCGGGCCACUACUCCGUCAAGGGCGCCCGCGCCGUGGCGCACCUGGCAUGCGAGUGCACGGCCCUGCAGCCGCGGGACCGGCCGCGGAUGGCCGCCGUCGUCGAGUCACUCGAGCGGCUGCAGGGGUUCAAGGACAUGGCCGUCAGCGUCGGGCUCUGGCCCACCGCGCCCGUGGUGGCCGGGCGGAACGCGCUCUCCGCAAAGUUCCGCGCCGAGAUGAAGGGCGCAGGCGCAGGCGCCGGCGCCGGCGUCGGCGUCGGCGCCGUCUCAAGGCGGAGGAGCGCGUCCGCCAAGCUGCCAUGAUGGAUGGGUCCAUCGCGUGCCAGGUCUUAAUUAUAUCAGAAGCGGACGCAUUGUAUGUUGUUGUUGUUGUGUAUUGUGUAUAGCGUAAAAAAGAUCGAUCUACGUGCGUUACGUGCGUGGGGAUCGAGCAUUUACAUUUGGAGGUUUGAUUGUUUAGCACUAGAUCGAUCGAUGCAUGCCAUGAGUCGGCCGGCUUGAUCAUGCAUACAUGUAUCAUCAACUGUACGAACGAUUUCUUGUGCAUUUUCGCGCAUCCCAUGAGAUGAAUGAAGUUUUAUUAGUUUUGCU